AUGUAUCCGGGCCUGGCGCUUGCGCUUCUUGGGGCCCUCGUCGCGGCCAAAUCGUACCAGAUCCGUGCUGUCCAGGAUCCGAUCUUCCACUACUAUCUGCAGGCAUACCCGUCAAACUUGUCCAUCGCGGUCAUGGGCCCCGAGUCCUCCUCUGAGUAUUUCGACAUCGCGGGCACCAUCGAGAGCACCAACACGACGCGGUAUCUGAAUAUAGGGUCGGACAGCACGAGCUACAAGACCCUGACGUUCGGCAGCUCGUCGAGCACGAAUGCGUGGGCGCUCGAGGGCGAUACGAUUAUCACUGGUACAGGAAGUACCUGGGGACGGCAGCUCAACUUUCUGGCCUGCCAGCUGGAUACGAAUUACUGGCAGCUCUACUUCCAGACGGGAAGUGACGUGCCGAGUGGGAAGACUUGUAGCAAUUACCAGACCAUCCAUUUGCCCUGCCUGUGCUGA